GCUGUAGAAUUCCAGUCUUUCAAAGUGGGAUUCUCAAAGUCCGGUUAAUUCUUCGUCCCUCUUGUUGAUGGAAAUGAACUGUUCUACUGUUAACUCACUCCAUCUCAAACCAAGCCUCGCAUUCGUUUUGCCAUCCAAAUCCAAUGGUAUCAUCCUGAACAACGGGCGCCUGAGAUUCCGGGAACUAUGGAAGCAUUCCAUGAGCCAGGCCACUAAGGCAUUCAUAAAAGAUGGGGCGUUGAGGAUCAAUGGAAGGGAGGCACUCUUGAGUGUGCCAGAGAAUGUCGUGGUCAAGCCUUCUUCGAAUGAGUCGCUGUUCUUGGGAGCAGUCUCACCGGAGGCGAGCAGCCGCCAUGUCUUCAAGCUAGGUGUUGUUAAGGACUUCAAACUACUUUCUUUGUUCAGAUUUAACAUAUGGUGGAUGAUACCUCGAAUAGGGCGUUCAGGAAGUGAUAUCCCAACAGAGACGCAGUUACUACUCUUAGAAGCAAAGUUUAAUGGUGAUGGUAGUCCACAGGCUAAUAAACCUCUACCAUUCUACAUUUUGUUCUUACCAGUGUUAGAUGGCCAGUUUAGGAGCAGUUUACAAGGGAACUCUUCAAAUGAACUUGAGUUUUGCAUAGAAAGUGGGGAUCCCUCUGUCAAGUCAUCUAAGUUCCUUGAGGCAGUUCUUGUAAACUAUGGGGAAGAUCCUUACGGCCUUGUGAAAGAGUCGAUAAAAAUAUUGCAAGAGAGAAAGGGCACUUUUUUACCACGUGAAAAUAAACAGAUGCCGGGAAUGCUAGAUUGGUUUGGUUGGUGCACUUGGGAUGCUUUUUAUCAUGAUUUAAGUCCUCAAGGAAUCAGAGAAGGUCUAAGGGGUUUAUCUGAAGGCGGUACUCCAGCAAAAUUUCUAAUCAUAGAUGAUGGUUGGCAAGAUGUAGCUAAUGAAUUCCAGAAAGAAGGUGAACCAGUUGUUGAAGGCUCUUAUUUUGGAGGCAGACUAGUGGGCAUAAGAGAAAAUAGCAAGUUUAGGAGUGACAACCCAACUUCAGAAGGAACCUCAAAUGGCCUCAAGGAUUUCAUUACAUCUAUUAAGGAAACAUUUGGAGUGAAGUAUGUCUAUGUAUGGCAUGCCCUGAUGGGAUAUUGGGGAGGAGUCCAUCCAAAUGCACCAGAAACAAGAAAAUACAAUUCAAAGCUAUUAUACCCAAAGCAAUCUCCAGGAAAUCUUGCAAAUUCUAGAGACUUGGCCAUGGAUUGCAUGGAGAAGUAUGGUGUUGCCAUGAUAGAUCCAAAUAGAGUGGAUGAAUUUUAUGAUGACCUCCAUGCCUAUCUUGUGUCACAGAACAUCGAUGGAGUUAAAGUUGAUGUCCAAAAUAUCCUUGAAACAUUGGGAACGGGCUAUGGAGGUCGGGUUUCCCUAACUCAUAGGUUCCAAGAGGCUCUUGAAAAAUCAAUUUCCAAAAAUUUUCCUGACAACAGUAUUAUUUGCUGUAUGGGCCAGAGUACAGACUCCAUCUACAGCUCAAAGUUUAGUGCUGUCACUAGGGCAUCAGAUGAUUACAUGCCAAAGAACCUGACAUCACAGACUCUACAUGUUGCUUCUGUUGCUUUCAACAGCAUUUUCCUUGGGGAGGUCCUUGUGCCAGAUUGGGAUAUGUUCUAUAGCGUCCACUAUGCAGCAGAGUUCCAUGCUAAAGCAAGAGCUCUAGGUGGCUGUGGAAUCUAUGUCAGUGAUAAAAUUAAUGAGCAUGAUUUUGAUCUACUUAAAAAGCUUGUACUUCCUGAUGGUUCAAUUCUGAGGGCCAAGUAUCCUGGCCGGCCAACUCGGGAUUGUUUGUUCAGUGACCCAAUUACUGAUGGGAAAAGUCUUCUGAAGGUUUGGAAUCUGAACAAAUUUACUGGAAUUUUGGGUGCAUUUAAUUGCCAAGGAGCUGGAACUUGGCCUGGCUUGAGUAGCAACCAAUCAAAUUCCAGUCCUGAGUUCAUCACCGGUGAAGUCAGCCCAAAUGACAUAGAGUACCUUGACGAGGUGGCCGGCAACAAUUGGAUUGGUGACUGUGCUAUCUAUUCCUUUGAUUCUGGCUCUCUUUCCAGAUUGCCAAAGAAUGAGUCAUUUGGUGUAACACUGAAGGCUCUUCAAUGUGAAGUGUUCACCAUAUCUCCAGUCCAGGUCUAUGAAAAAAAUGUGGAAUUUGCCCCAAUUGGAUUAAUUCAAAUGUACAAUUCUGGUGGAGCUGUGGACAAUAUUGAUUUCUCUAAUAAGAAUUCUGAUUUGGUGCUGCAUAUAGAAGGCAGAGGAUCUGGAACUUUUGGUGCAUAUUCAAGCAGGAAACCUGAAUGUUGCACGUUGAACUCAAAGCAGGUGGAGUUCAAAUUCAGCAUUGUUGACAAAUUUUUGACCUUAAAUAUUCCUGCAGGACUUCAUUUUUGGGCGUUGGAUAUGUUCUUCUAAAGAAGAUUUUUUUUUUCCUCAAAAAAAAGAAAUGUCUGUCUUGUCUUCCUCUGAAGGUUGCACUGAUGAACAUAUUUUUUUAUGCAAUUUUUAUGCUGUUAUUUAUUUA